UGUAUCCUUGCGCCAUGCGAGUCCUUCGGCCGAGUGUGUCGGCUGGGCGCCUCCUCGUCCUCUGGCUGCGGCUCCCCCUGCGGCCGCCCGGACGCCGGCUGUCGAGCGGGCGGGCGACGGCGGCCGGCGCCCUGGAGCGGGCCAUGGACGAGCUGCUGCACCGUGCGGUGCCCGCGAUGCCGGCCUACGGGCUGCGCGAGAAGACGCCGGCGCCGGCGGAGAACCAGUGCGCGGACUUCGUGAGCUUCUACGGCGGCCUGGCUGAGGCGGCCGAGCGCGCCGAGCUGCUGGGCCGCCUGGCGCGGGGCUUCGGCGUGGACCACGGCCAAGUGGCCGAGCAGAGCGCCGCCGUGCUCCAGCUGCUCCAGCAGCCGCGGGAGGCGGCCGUGCUCCUGCAGGCAGAGGACCGGCUGCGCUACGCGCUGGUGCCGCGCUACCGCAGCCUCUUCCACCACAUCAGCAAGCUGGACGGCGGCGUGCGCUUCCUGGUGCAGCUGCGGGCCGACCUGCUCGAGGCUCAGGCCCUCAAGCUGAUGGAGGGACCGCACGUCCGGGAAAUGAACGGGGUGCUGAAAAGCAUGUUCUCAGAAUGGUUUUCUUCCGGGUUCCUGAACCUGGAGCGGGUCACCUGGCGUUCACCGUGCGAAAUGCUGCAGAAAAUCAGUGAGGCUGAGGCUGUGCAUCCCGUUAAAAGCUGGGCGGACAUGAGACGGCGCGUGGGGCCCUACAGAAGGUGUUACUUCUUCUCUCACUGCUCGACCCCGGGGGAGCCCCUGAUCAUUUUGCACGUGGCCCUGACCAGUGAGAUCGCCAGCAGCAUCCAGACCAUCGUAGUGAAGGAGAGCCCCGCGUCGGAGACAGAGGAGCGGGACAGGAUCACCACGGCCGUCCUGUACUCGCUGAGCCUGACGCAGCAGGGGCUGCAGGGCGUGGAGCUGGGUGCCUUCCUCAUCAAGCGGGUGGUGAAGGAGCUGCAGAAGGAGUUUCCUCACCUGGGGACGUUUGCAAGUCUGUCCCCUAUCCCCGGGUUCACCAAGUGGCUUCUGGGGCUGCUGAAGUCAAAAGCAAAGGAUCAUGGGAGGAACGAACUGUUGACAGAUUCAGAGUGUAAAGAAAUCUCCAAGAUCACGGGCGGUCCCGUGAAUGAGACCCUCAAGACCUUUCUCAGCAGCAGCGAGUGGGUCCAGUCUGAGCAGCUGGUCCGGGCGCUCCAGGCCCCCCUGAUGCGGCUCUGCGCCUGGUACCUGUACGGGGAGAAGCACCGGGGCUACGCCCUGAACCCCGUGGCCAACUUCCACUUGCAGAACGGGGCCGUGAUGUGGCGCAUCAACUGGAUGGCCGACGUCAGCCCCAAGGGCAUCAUGGGCUCAUGUGGCCUCAUGGUCAAUUACCGCUACGUCCUGGAGGACACGGCCACCAACAGGACCACCUACCUCAGCUCCAAGAGCAUCAAGGCUUCGGAGCAGGUCCUCAGCCUGGUGGCCCAGUUUCAGAAGAACAGCAAACUCUAAAUCACCUUUGCUGAAGCCAAUGUCCCCGGCUUGGAAGAGGAUAAUUUUCCGAGGGGUCGGGAAUGGGGUUAUAUACCCAAAGGAGCUUCUGGAGUGAACCAGACUUGAACUGUG